AUGGGGACAAGCGCGAGCGGAUGCAAUGACUGUUCCAAAAACCCUCAAGUUGAUGUUGAGGUGACUUCCAUACAGGCACCGAAGGCUCUUCAAGGUGAACAGCCUGAUGCACGCGGUUUGCAAGCCCAGGUCAACGUUGCUCCUGGAGCUCAGCGAAGCAAGGAGCUUCGGCGGAGCCAGCUCUUGCGCAACGCGUUGGUUCCCGACUUCGAGAUCCUACGUGGUCUGUCCGUCCAGGAAAGUCUCAGAGGCUUCGGUCGGCUUUGGCGUUUUUCUCCCACGGACCUGUCCGAGGAAUCACGCGCUGCGAUGUGGCAGCGCUCAAGGCCUUUGGAGUCCUUUGAUCUGUUUUUGUCUCACACCUGGCGGACCAAAGGGCUCUGGAAGUUCUUGGCCUUGUCUCUGCAAUGUGGAUGGCAGCGGCUAGUGCUUAGCUGGUUCCUUGCGCUAGUUCUGGUGGAGAUUCUGGUGUACUUUGACAUACUUCCACUGCACAUGAACUUCACCGCUGUUUUCGAGGGCAACACCUACACCUUCCCUUUUGGAGCCUGGGGUCUCUUCCUGGCAAACCUCACGCCCGUGAUCACGGCCGUUGCAGCACCCGGGGGAACCCGGAAUUGUUUCCUGGACAUUGUCAGUAUCAACCAAGUGGACGAGGACUUGAUGGAGCGUGGAAUUUAUGGUCUGGGAGGAUGCUUGGCGGUGACCAAGGAAUUGCGCAUCCUCUGGUCAAAGCCAUACUUGUCACGACUCUGGUGCAUCUUUGAGAUUGCAGCUUAUCGGUUUGUAAACCCGAAUGGCAAGCUCACCCUCGCACCGUUGUUCCUCGAGAGUGGGGUGGUCAUGCUUUGGCUCGGCCAAAACAUCAUCAUGGUCGUUUACCUGGAGCUUCUGACCGUGGAUGCUACACUGCCAAGAUUCAUGGUGGCUCCAGCCGUAAUGCCCUUCGUCGUGAUGGUGCACAUGAUGCGGAAAAACCUGCUGGUCAAACAAGAGUUGUUCGCAUCACUGGAGAACUUCGAUGUUGACAAGGCAGAAUGCUCCAAGGAGUUUGACAGGGAAUUUGUCCUUCAAGCGAUCGAAAGGUGGUACGGCAGUCGAGAGGCCUUCACUGACUACGUUCGCGGGCCCCUCCGAAAGGAACUGCUGGGCAAGCAAGCCAAUAGCCUGUUGCCGCUGCAGUACUGCUUUGUCAUCGUGUCCCCGAUUCUGAGCCUUAGUUUUGACAUUCUGCUAGGCCUGGUCAAAAGCGCGUUGCCACUUCGUUUUCUCUUAUGCUAUGUCCUCAGCAUCAUGGUGGGCACAAUGGUCUUCAUGGGGGCUGUUGCGGUCCGCUUCAGCCUCUUCCUGUGCGAACGCUUCGCUGCUCCCUACAAGCCCAGCCGCUGCUGCGAUUGGCUUCAGAGUGUGGUGGUCUUCCUGGCUUGCAGCGUCAUUGGCUUCGCUGGGUUUCUAGCCUCGGUUCUCGCGUACUCGACAAGCCUGGGUGCGUCUCUGGUCUGGUGCUUUUGUGUGAUCUGCUUGAUGGGGCUCUCGGGUAUGGACUGGAACCGCGUAUCGGCAAAGAUCAACUGCCGCAGGGCUCCGCCGGAGAAGUCUCCAGCUGAUGGCGAGGGCCACAUGUCACUCUAG